UAUAGUUGAGGAAUUAAGAAGACGAAGAAGAAGAAGAAGAAGAAGAAGAAAAAGAAGAGAGAAGCCCCGCGUGGUGUUCGGCAUCAAACAGGCCCGACCAAGCAUUGGCAAGCUUUUCUCUCUUCCCGGAUCACUAGCUAUCUCGUCCAGCCACAUCUCAUUUCAUUGAGUCCGAGGUAGGGGUUACCCUCUACCGUCUCUCCCAUUUGCUUCUUCUCUCUUCCACCAUCCUCUGCAACUCUCCACGAUAAAACUUCUAUGGCGUUUUGAUUUUGGAUAUCUAGCUUUCGUCUCUCCGUCUCAGAUCUAUCUACCGGACUGGCGGAGCGAACCAUGAAUUCUAACUUCGGAAGACCCAGUAAUCCGCAAGGAGGAUCGGUUUCUCUCAACAACUACCAAUUCGAUUUCGGUCCGAGUUCUGAACCCUCCAGCAAUCGCCCUCGAUCUCUAAACGAUCAGAAGCAACAGUACACAUCUUCUUAUUCUUUUCCUUCUUCCUCUUCUUCUGCUACGACUACUGCCUGGUCGUCGUCCACGCAGCCCAGACAACCCUCUUCGUGGGCCCCAAACAAACCUUCAUGGACUCACCAGCCUUCCUCAACUCUGUCCAACUCAACUACUUCCAUGGUGGGAGAUAUCUUCGGAAAGAGUUGGGCUUCCACCGCCCCUUCUUCAGGUCCUACCUCCUGUUUAGGAUUAGGAUUACAGGAAAAGAAUCCUAAUUUGUUCGGAGAUCUCGUUGGUUCGGCUUUCGGGCAGGCCAAGAGCAAUACUAAUGUUUCUUUGAAGAAUGCAGCAGCGCCCACAACCGCACAGACGAAGAAAUCUUUCUCGAUGGGGAGCAUGGCCGAUUCGCUUCCCAAAGCCAAUGCUCCCAUGAGGAAUACCAAUUUGGGAUCUGCUGACAAUUUCGGUAGUUAUUCUACCGCUAGCAAUCAGUACAACAAGAAUAACAUCAUCAACGGUAUGAAUUAUAAUAACCAGACAGCGAUUAGAAGUGGAGAUGGAGCCCCUGCAAGCUCCAAUAAUGACCCAUUUGCAUCUUUGGUGGAUUUUGGGUCUAAGCCGACUGAAAACAUCAAUUCAACCGCAACCGCAAGCAGCCAUACCGAUUCUUGUGCCAGCGACUGUUCAUUUGGAGAUUUCCAACGUGCUUCCAAAUCAAACAGCCACUCGUUCCCGCCCACUGCUUUUCCUGCAACCAGUAAUAACUCCAUGGGGUCAAGCUCUGGUUCUACAUCGAAUUUUGAUAAUUAUGGCAUUCCCAGGCAAGGAUUUGCUUCUCAGAAGAAGCAGCCUCCUCAAGCCACCAGCGAUGAUCCGUUUAAUGUCUUAUUCCCAUCAUCUUCAAAUUCCACUUCUGCAGCUCCAACAGCACUUGAGGGUGUCGAAAAUCAACCAUUUUCUGAUGUUGAUGACUGGGGCUUGGGUUCAGAGUUUGGAGGAGGUGAUGCGGGUAGUACAACAGAGCUUGAAGGUCUCCCACCCCCACCUGCUGGAGUUACAGCUUUGGCUGCAAAGCAGAAGGGAUUGGAUAAUUACAAGCAGGGGCAGUUUCCUGAUGCCAUUAAGUGGCUGUCUUGGGCAGUAGCUCUUCUAGAGAAGACUGGGGACAGUGCUGCCACCAUGGAGGUUUUGUCGUGCAGAGCUUCAUGCUACAAAGAAGUUGGGGAGUACAAGAAAGCAGUCGUUGAUUGCUCAAAGGUGCUAGAACAUGAUAGGGAAAAUGUUUCUGUUCUAAUACAACGUGCACUCCUGUAUGAGAGCACUGAAAAAUACAAACUCGGGGCAGAAGACUUGAGGACAGUUCUGAAGAUCGACCCUGCUAACAGGAUUGCAAGAAGUACCAUUCACCGUUUAACCAAACUGGCUGACUAGAGAAUAUCUCUCCCCUUGAACUUUGGAUUGGACAAUUUUUAUUCUGUCUUUUCCCAUUUAGGUAUAAGAUGCAUUAGUUUUGUUUUCUUUACCUAGAAUCCAUCUCGAGCAUAGAAACGAAAUGAAACAAAUACCUUUUUUACUUGGAAGCUUGGGUUAUCUGCUGAUGAUUUUGUCCUCAGAGAGGAAUUUAUGUGCAUCAUCUUUGAUGUGCUUUAUCAAGUUUUCUGUAUUGAUUAUGACUAGAGAUAACAUUCUUUUGUUUGUCUUUCUUUUUUAAUAACUUCAUAGUAGUAGAGAGUAGGAAAGGCUGAUGCCUGUAUCCCCCCUCACUUCUUUAGCGUACUCUUGACAUCUUCUUUCUUGCAAAUGCAUUCAAUAUGAUCCUGUAAACAGAUAUAUGGGCGAAAGAAAUGCAUAUCCUUAUAGUUGCUUUAUAACAUUUUUUUUGAGAUC